UUUCGAUAGUCAUUAUUUGUACGGCCAACAAAUCUUCUCACAAUGAAAAUAUAAGUCUUGUAUGUAAACCGCAUAUAAUAAUGUCUGCUCUACUGCAAGUGGUUACGUGUAAUAGGAGGUUAAUCUAUCCCAAAAUUAAUUUUUGGUCAAGCAAAUGUAUAGAGGAGAAUGUUCAACCCAAGCGGAUAACGAAUUACCGUCAGCCGCCUAUCGAGAAGAGAUCUACAAACGUGUCUAAUAUUACUGCAACUCUUUAUAUUCAACUCUUCCUAAUAGAAAGCACGGGUAUUUGCCUUGAAAGAUUUCUGCAUCUUUAGCUGUGUAAAGAUUGGUUUGUUUUGUGUAAAUUUGUAUUAAAAAAGAAAAAAGAUAUUCAUGGCUAUGGGACGGACUCCUUGCAGUAAAAAGGUGGGACUUAAAAGAGGUCCAUGGACACCUGAAGAAGAUCUCCGUUUAAUGAGUUAUAUCCAGGCUCAUGGCCAAGGCCGUUGGAGAUCUCUUUCCAAGAAAGCAGGCCUGCUUCGAUCGGGAAAAAGCUGUAGAUUGCGAUGGAUGAAUUAUCUUCGACCUGACGUCAAACGAGGACAUAUUUUACCUGAAGAAGAAGAUUUAAUUCUCAGGCUCCAUCGACUUCUGGGAAACAGAUGGUCUUUGAUCGCGGGACGUAUACCAGGAAGGACUGAUAAUGACAUAAAAAACUACUGGAACAGUCACCUAAGCAAAAAACUUAUUAAGCAGGGCAUAGAUCCUCGCACACACAGGCCCCUCUCUGAAUCUGAGGACAUAUGGUGGAUCCCUCAAGACAGCAAUAUGCAGCAAAACAUUCUCCAAUACACUACAACACCAGAAAGUGCUGAUCCAGAAAUACAUGACAAAGAUUCAGAUUUCACAAUACCAGAUCUUAAGGAGGACCAGAUUUGCUCUUCAAUGGCUACACCAGAAAUCUCUUGUUUACAGAGUGCACCCACCAUUUUGCCUUUCGUCAGUGAGAAGGAUGCCUGUAUUGAAAUGAACGAUUCCAAUUGUUCUGAGACUCCGAAACAGUUAACAUACAGCAGCUGGUUUCCUUAUUCUCUUCCUGAAACUCCAAUGGGAACAGCUAAUGGAAAUAGCAGUUCAUAUAUGCAUCCUUCAUAUCUGGAAUCACUUAUCAAUGAAGAGUUUGAGUUGCUAGAGCCUACUGUUGGAUAUAAUUCUGUUUCACGGUUGUGCCCACAUCAAUCUGAACUUCCAACCCCUGGCUAUGAAUUCUGGUCUGCACUCCACUCUCCCAGCACACAUUACCAUCCUCCUUGUUGACAUAAGAAUAUCAUUGCUCUGUAUUCUGGGUUUGUUUUGUGAUUAUGUAUUCUUCAUUUAAGUGUUUGUAUUGUUAAAAUUAAAACUUAACAAUGUCCAUAUGGGCACUUAUGGUGCUCACAUAAAAUGUACAUAAGAAUAGUGUGCAGAUGUAGUUUGAGCACCGUAGUUUGUACACCUACGGUGCUGUGUUUCACUCUUCCAUAAGACUAGACGAAGUCCACAUAUGAUACCAAACCAACCAAAACCCUUAAAAUGUGCAGCAAUUACAAUUGGCAGAAAGCUUAUAUUCAUUAUUUCUAUUUUGAGAUCAGUGUUUGUACUAAGGGAUGGUGAUUUAUUUAUUUUUAUGGUAUAGAAACACGUUUCAUCUGUAAAAAAUGAAGGGCUUGAGUUAGUUCCUAAAUUUGAAUUGCUACUUCUAUACCUUAGCUAAACUAAUUGCAAUUCUUUUUCCAUGUAUGUGGUAGAUAAUUGCAAUAUCACUGGCCACUAAUGCUAUUUGUUUCGGGAAAGUGUUUCUUAAAGACCAAAUUAUAUUUUGAUGUCCCAGAU